CUUAGCCAUGCAUUUGAAAGGGCUUUUGUCUUAUUUAACUAUCAGUACUAGAUAUUUGUGGCAAGAUAGUUUGAUGCUAACUAGUUUUCCAUGUUGUUCGCGCCAGAGAGUCUGAGCCUAGCUUACAAAGUAUUUUCGUAUGCAAUUUUUAUUUUUAUAAAGGUGCUAUAGCAAGCUUUUCAUAUAGCUUUUUCAAGGUGCUGUAGUGAGCUUUUUAACAAAGAACGAGCUUAGUUUGCUUAGUGAACAAAGAAUUGAAAGUUAAGCUUUUUGGCCAAAGCCAUGUAACUAGUGAAAAGAGCCAGGAUUAAAAUUCUAGUCUUAAACUCUAAAUUCAGGGCACUUUCCAGUAUUUCCAUAUGACUUAAUAGUGUGUAUUUGAUGGGAUAUGUAUUUGUUUUCACUAAAUAGCUUAGCCUUUUGAUUCUUUCUCAUAGAUAGGACUUUAAGAGGAAUUUUAUUUUUUUUAUUGUGCCUUAGAUGAACAUUUACAGAGCAAAUUAGUUUCUCAUUAAACAGUUAAUUUACAUACUGUUUUGUGACAUUGGUUGCCAAGGAGUUUUUUUUUUUUUUAAACAAGAGUAUGAUUUAGUGGAAGGAGCGUUACAUUUGAAACAAGAUGUAGGUUUUAAUUCAUUUACUAGCAGUGUGACCUUGGGCAGAUAAUGUUAACCUUCAGACCUUUAGUUUUCUUACAUGUAGAGUGGUGUCUGGAAUUUUGGAGUCCUUUUUUUUUUUAACUCAGAGCUUCCUACUAAUUAAAUCCAUGGCCCCUUUCAUGCCCAUGCAGAAUCCCAUGGAGGUUAUGUAUAGGUUAGAGUCAGUUGGUCGGUCUGUUUUCUCUCUCGCGUUUCUGGAAGUCCCAAGGGCUCCACCUGCUUUCCUCAUUAUUUUUGGUAGUUGCCACUGUCUAUUCUGUACCUUGAGACUCUCUUUCCCAAAACAUUUUUAUGGAGUGUUCUCCCUAAAACAAACUCAGAAGACUUUAUUUUCCCUAACAUUUUUACUCCUAAUCACUACUGGAAAACUGAUUAGGGAUAACAAUAAUAACAGCAUUUAUUGAGCUCUUAUAUCAUGAACUUUUCGAAGUGCUUUAUAUACAUUAUCUAAACCGCAUGACAACACAAUCAAGUGUGUCUAUUAUUUCAUUUUAUAAAUAAGGAAAAUAAGGCACAGAGAGAUGAAGUAACUUGCCCCAUUUCACACAACUGAUAAGUCAUGGAGCAGGAAUUCAAACCCAAAUUUGAACUAUUCCAGUCAUACAAUCUUGCUAUAUACAGUAAAGAUCCAAAGGUUGCCAAAUUCCUAUAAUCAUGAUUCAUGACUUACUGUUUUUUUGACUCCCUUCUGAGAUGGCACCUGGAAGAAACUGCCCUUUCAUUUUGUCCUCUUGAAAGCCAAACUCUCCAAUCCCUUCCCUGCCUUCUAUCCCUACCUAUAUUAGAAACACCUUGAACCCCACUUUAACCUAUUGAAUCAAAAUCUUUGUUGUGGCAGUUUGAUUUUUUUAAGAGCACUCCCAAGUGGUUCUGUUUAGCAGCCAUUUAGGGAUCAUUGAUAAUUAUUUCUUCUAUCAUGGCCUCUCUUUAUGGCCAAAAGAUGUCAUUUUUGCCUUUUUGUUUCACAGAGGCAGUUUGAAUCUCAGAAUUUGCAGUCCUGCAUAACAUCUAGGUGACAGUGUUCUGCCCUGAAAAAAACGAUUGUGUACGAUACCUAUACUCACCAGUGUAAGGAUUAAAUGGUUAUUAGUCUGUGAUGAUAGAUUAAUAGAUUAAUCCCCAGGCUUUCAUGAAUCUCCAAAUUUUGUAAUAUCAUCAUAGCAGUACUUCCCAAGUGUUUCGCAGUUUGUUGGUCUGUCAGCUCUCCCACCACCAACAAUAACACGAAGGAUUAUUUGGCCUCAGAAAUUGUGUCUCCGGAGAAAUUCAUGGUGUACAUUAGCAUACUGAGGAUUCUUAGAAGUUCUUCAGUUUAAAAAUGCUUUUCACUUUGUUUAACUUAGAAGUUCCCAAACUGGAAUUUCUUUUAUUCAUGUAAUCCUAUUAUUAGUUAUUGUGAAACUUUUACUGGUCUGUGGGUAGAAUUUUUUGUUUCUUCAUUUGGAAAAUGGGAAUAAUAUGAACUUCAUCGAGGGUGGUUUUGAGAAUGAAAUGAGGGUUGAGAAGUAAAUGUUGAGUGGUUAGUUAGGCUUCUCACUACCUACAGAAGUCCCUUGCUUCUACUAAAAAAAAGAGUUGCCAUCAGUGAAUUCCAACUCCAGAAUUACUCUGUCAUCAGCCUUUGAAUCAUUCUUGACAGAUUCAGACUUUGAUUAAUCAGAUCUGUGAUUUCCAAAAGUAUACUAUAUUUUUAAAUGCCUAGCACAAUAAGGACUCAAAAACUUUCAAACUCACAUGUCUUCUGGAAUUUGGAAUGUGGCUAGAAAUUAUUUAGAGUAAGGUCUGCAGUUUACAUUGUCACUGGUAGAUUACAAAGUACCUCCAUAAAGCACACACAGAUGCACAUUUGUUGAAUGAAUGACUCAGUCAGUCUUGUUUGGGCUUAUUAAAUGUAUUUCCUAAACACACUUGAGGUCAGUCAUUGAACUAUUUAUUUGCUUUUUAAAAUAUCUUGAUCUGUUACAUUUUAGGCUGAAGCACUUUUGAUCUCUCUGCCAUCAAGAUUAGGUAAAUCUCUUAGUACUCCUAUAUAAUAGGAGAGAUUUUUAAUUGGUGAUUUGCUGGCUGGCUCCGUCGGAGCUGAGUUUAGUAUACUUUUCAAACUGUGCUUGUCUAGUUUCUUAGAAUUCAGAAGUAGCUCUUACCUUUACUUCUUCUCCAGUCACAGCUUCUGUCACCACAAUAUCCCCAUCUAUAACAGCUCCCUCAUUUUCAGCACAGAGAAGAUAUUUCUCUUUUGAGUUUAUUGAUUACUAAAAGGCUCACUGAAAUCACUAGACAUUAUUGACUAGUAACUUUAAUUGUAGAAGAUCAAGCAUAACUGAAGUUCCCUGGACCAAAAAGGAAACCUGCAUUUCUGGUUCUCAGUGCCUAAUUCUUAGAAUCUUUGGUCCUCUUUUAUAAAGUCAAAGUAUUUUUGUAGUGUAAAAACGGCAUGGGGGCGGUGUCCGACCACCUUUAACUUCACAAGGGGGAUGGAGAACCAAAAUCAGCAGGCCAAGGCUGAUUCCUCUGAGGUGGAGGUGAGACAUGCCUCCUCUCUCAGCCAUCUUUACCAACAGUGAUACCAACCGUCCCUCACAUAGCACUUUGUAGUUCUCUGCUGGGUUUGAUAAUUCAUUGCAGUGGCCACACAGUACUCACAGACCAUACUCACGAUUGUGGGGUUUAUUAGGGAAGCAACAGUUACAAUUCAGUCUUAGGAACACUCAAGAUACAGUUUUUCCAUCAGUACAGCCUCUUACCAACUGUGCCGGUAGGCACGCCUCUUGCUGGCCCUAGGUUUCUCCACAGAGGCACUCAGCUUUCUCUCCGUGGGCCAGAAAGCCCACCAUGCAGUCUCCAGCUGCCGGACCUCUGCUGCUGGUCGGAAUGGUGGGCUGUUCUCUCUGCACUGGAAUUGGCUGUCCUUUAAGGUAAUACUGACCAGUCCCCUUGGUGGGCCACAAUUAUCUUAUUUGCACAGCCUUGCCCAGUCACCUGGGUGGGAGUUACAAGAUCAUGGCAAGAAAGGCCAUACUAAGUAAUUCAUCACACUGCAAGCAGUUACCUUUUUUUUAACUAAUAUUUUACUGUGUUUUUGGUAAAAGUUUACACAGCAGAUUAGGAUUCCAUCCAAUGAUUUCGACACAAAUUGUUUGGUGACAUUGGUUACAUUCUUCACAAUGCGUGAACAUUCUCAUUAUUUCAGUUCUGGUUGUUCUGUUUUCAGUAGUCUAGUUUCCCUGCCCCCUCACCUUCUUAUCUUUGUUUUAAAGUAAUUGUUUGAUCACUUGGUUUCAUAUAGAUGAUGUUUAAAGGAGUGCAGUACUCACAGGUGAUAUGCUUUAUUUUGUGAGCCAACCUGUUAUUUAGCUAAAAGGUGACCUCCGUAGAUUCAGUUCAAGGUUUAAAGAGUAUCUUAGGGCAAUAAUACAUUUAAUCUGGAGUUAGUCCUCCAGUCUGAACUAGUCUACAAAGUCUGGAUUUUUUUUUAAGAAUUUGAGGUUCUAUUCUACUUUUUUUCUUCCAUUCUAUCAAGAUCCAUCUAUCGUGUGAUCAGAACAAUCGGUGGUAGUAGCCAAGCGCAAUCUUUUUUUUUUAUCUCAAGGUAGAUGAGGAGGAGGCCAUGGCUCGUGUAGACAGACCUGUAAACUAGUUUCUUCUCUGAGUCUUAGGUUUCCUUCUUUCUCUUUUGCUCCAGACGCAUAGAGACCAAUAGUUGUAUGUUAUAUGGCUACUCGCAAGCUUUUAAGAACCAAACACUACUCACCAGGCUAGGAUGUAGAGCACUCUUUAACGUCUGAGUAAUGUUAGGUUUUUGCAAAUAGAAGUGUUAUGUGGGUAAAUGAGUAUCUUCAAAGGUCUUGGAGGAAUUUGUAAAGAAGAUAUAAAAUUUGCAUUGUUUCCAUUUUUAUUAAGCUGUUUUAUUACGAAAGCUUCAGAGAAAUAAGCUAUGGAUAAUGUUUGAGUCUUUCACAUCAAUUUUUCUCAAACUGUCUUAAUAUAUAGCCUCUUCUUAAAGGGUAGAUGGUGUCUCACAGACACCCAGUAUUGAUUUCAAUUAUUUUUGUUUCAGUGUAACAGAUAUCAACAAACAAAACUAGGUGUAAAUUACUCAGGGUUGUCACUGUUAAACAACUAUAAACAGACUUACAAAUUUAAAACAAACACAAAACCAAAUACAUUCCGAUAAGCAGCAUACAUUUAAUAUCCUGGAUGAUGAUAAGGAUAUCUGUGACGCUGACUACUCUACUCUCCUCUAAAUUUUUUUUAAUUGAAGUAAAAUGCAUGUAACAUCAAGUUCACUGUUUAAACAAUUUUCAAGUGUACAAUUCAGUAGUGUCCAGCAUACUCACAGUGUGGUACAACCACUAAUUCCAGAACAUCUUCGUCACCCCCAGAAGCAGCUCUGUACCCAGUAAGCAGUCGCUGCUAAGUUCUUCUUGAGUUCAGCCUGCCAGUAUUGCUGCCAUGUGAUGACCGAAUUCUGCCAUCAUUUUUCUGCAUUCAAAGGACUGGGAAAUCUUCAUUCAUAAUGUCAUUUGGACUUAACUUGAGCCUGGCCCAACUAGAGAAUCUGUGCAAACAGCUGUACGAAACAACAGAUACCACCACUCGACUCCAGGCAGAGAAGGCCUUGGUUGAAUUCACCAACAGCCCCGAUUGCCUGAGCAAGUGCCAGCUGCUCCUCGAGAGAGGGAGUUCAUCUUACUCCCAAUUACUGGCAGCUACAUGCCUUACAAAGCUUAUAUCACGCACAAACAACCCCCUACCAUUGGAACAACGAAUAGAUAUUCGGAACUAUGUGCUCAACUACCUUGCCACUCGGCCGAAGUUGGCUACUUUUGUGACCCAAGCACUCAUUCAGUUAUAUGCCAGAAUCACAAAACUGGGCUGGUUUGACUGUCAGAAGGAUGACUAUGUCUUCAGAAAUGCAAUCACAGAUGUCACAAGAUUUUUACAAGAUAGUGUUGAAUACUGCAUCAUUGGCGUCACAAUUUUAUCUCAGCUAACCAAUGAAAUUAAUCAAGUAAGUGCUACAGCCUUCCUCAUUGAAGCAGACACCACCCAUCCUUUGACCAAGCACAGAAAAAUAGCCUCUUCUUUCCGAGAUUCAUCAUUAUUUGAUAUCUUCACACUUUCCUGCAAUUUACUAAAACAGGCUUCAGGAAAGAAUCUAAACUUGAAUGAUGAAAGUCAGCAUGGCUUGCUCAUGCAACUGCUCAAACUCACUCAUAACUGCCUAAACUUUGAUUUCAUUGGCACGUCUACUGAUGAGUCCUCAGAUGACCUGUGUACCGUACAGAUUCCCACCAGCUGGAGAUCAGCAUUCUUGGAUUCUUCAACGCUGCAGCUGUUUUUUGACCUGUAUCAUUCCAUCCCUCCUUCGUUUUCACCUCUGGUAUUAUCCUGCUUAGUACAGAUUGCCUCAGUCCGAAGAUCCCUGUUUAACAAUGCAGAGAGGGCCAAGUUUCUCUCUCAUCUUGUUGAUGGAGUUAAACGAAUACUGGAAAAUCCACAGAGUUUAUCAGACCCAAACAAUUACCACGAGUUUUGCAGACUACUGGCUCGAUUGAAAAGUAACUAUCAACUGGGAGAAUUGGUGAAGGUGGAAAACUACCCUGAGGUCAUCCGAUUGAUAGCCAACUUCACAGUGACCAGCCUACAGCACUGGGAAUUUGCCCCAAAUAGUGUACACUAUCUCCUGAGCCUGUGGCAGCGGCUAGCAGCCUCUGUGCCAUACGUUAAAGCCACAGAGCCCCACAUGCUGGAAACGUAUACCCCUGAGGUCACCAAAGCCUACAUAACGUCCCGCUUGGAAUCUGUGCACAUCAUACUGAGAGAUGGGCUGGAAGAUCCUCUGGAAGAUACAGGCCUGGUCCAGCAGCAGUUGGACCAGCUGUCUACAAUUGGGCGUUGUGAAUAUGAGAAGACAUGUGCACUCCUUGUGCAGCUGUUUGACCAGUCGGCCCAGUCCUAUCAGGAGCUGCUACAAAGUGCCAGUGCAAGUCCUAUGGAUAUUGCAGUGCAGGAAGGAAGGCUGACGUGGCUGGUUUACAUCAUUGGAGCAGUGAUUGGUGGCCGGGUUUCUUUUGCCAGUACUGAUGAGCAAGAUGCUAUGGAUGGCGAGCUUGUCUGUCGGGUGCUGCAGCUGAUGAACCUAACAGAUUCUCGCUUGGCUCAGGCUGGUAACGAGAAGCUAGAACUGGCCAUGCUGAGCUUUUUUGAACAAUUUCGUAAGAUCUACAUUGGGGACCAGGUCCAGAAAUCCUCUAAGCUGUACCGCCGACUCUCAGAAGUUCUGGGCUUGAAUGAUGAGACCAUGGUCCUCAGCGUCUUCAUAGGAAAAAUCAUCACCAAUUUGAAGUACUGGGGCCGUUGUGAACCAAUCACCUCCAAGACACUACAGCUUCUCAAUGACCUCUCCAUUGGAUACAGUAGUGUAAGGAAACUAGUGAAGCUUAGUGCGGUACAGUUCAUGCUGAACAAUCACACGAGCGAGCACUUUUCAUUUUUGGGUAUUAACAAUCAGUCCAACCUGACAGACAUGCGGUGUCGGACUACCUUCUACACGGCACUUGGGCGUCUCCUCAUGGUGGAUUUAGGAGAGGAUGAAGAUCAGUAUGAGCAGUUCAUGCUGCCACUUACAGCGGCAUUUGAGGCUGUGGCCCAGAUGUUUAGCACCAACAGUUUCAACGAGCAAGAGGCAAAGAGAACUCUAGUUGGCCUAGUAAGAGACCUGAGAGGGAUAGCUUUCGCCUUCAACGCCAAGACCAGCUUCAUGAUGCUGUUUGAAUGGAUAUAUCCAUCCUACAUGCCAAUUCUCCAGCGGGCAAUUGAGCUGUGGUACCAUGAUCCAGCCUGUACCACACCUGUGCUAAAGCUGAUGGCUGAAUUAGUUCAUAAUCGAUCUCAGCGACUGCAGUUUGAUGUCUCUUCCCCCAAUGGCAUCUUACUGUUCCGAGAAACCAGCAAGAUGAUAACAAUGUAUGGCAAUCGCAUCCUGACACUAGGAGAGGUCCCAAAGGAUCAGGUCUAUGCGCUGAAGCUCAAGGGCAUCUCCAUCUGCUUCUCCAUGCUGAAGGCCGCACUCAGUGGGAGCUAUGUCAAUUUUGGAGUCUUCCGUCUCUACGGAGAUGAUGCCCUGGACAAUGCUCUACAGACCUUCAUCAAGCUGCUCCUCUCUAUUCCCCACAGUGAUCUCCUGGAUUACCCCAAGCUCAGCCAGUCUUAUUAUUCAUUACUGGAAGUCCUGACUCAGGACCACAUGAACUUUAUUGCAAGCCUGGAACCUCAUGUCAUCAUGUAUAUUCUCUCUUCCAUUUCUGAAGGACUUACUGCACUUGAUACCAUGGUAUGCACAGGCUGCUGCUCUUGCCUAGACCACAUUGUGACAUACCUCUUCAAGCAGCUGUCACGUAGCACCAAGAAGAGGACGACACCCCUCAACCAGGAGAGUGACCGCUUUCUGCAUAUCAUGCAGCAGCAUCCAGAGAUGAUCCAGCAGAUGCUGUCAACGGUGCUGAACAUCAUCAUCUUCGAGGACUGCAGGAACCAGUGGUCUAUGUCCCGUCCCCUGCUCGGCUUGAUACUACUUAAUGAAAAGUAUUUUUCUGACCUAAGGAACAGUAUCGUCAACAGCCAGCCACCAGAGAAGCAGCAGGCUAUGCAUCUGUGUUUUGAAAACCUGAUGGAAGGCAUCGAGCGAAACCUUCUUACAAAAAACAGAGACAGGUUCACCCAGAACCUGUCAGCAUUCCGUCGAGAAGUCAACGACUCGAUGAAGAAUUCCACUUAUGGCGUGAAUAGCAAUGACAUGAUGAGCUGACACCUCCUUGGACUCUACCUGUACAGAGCAGCGUCCCUUUGGUCUGGCCCAGAGGGGUGAACAGUUACAAGGGAGAGGGCCUCGCUGAUCCUGGCUCCUUCCUCCAGGGGUGUGGGGGAAAUGGUGAAGGUCAACUAGCUGUUUCCCCAGGGAAUAGGGGUGUGAGUGCACUCACUGGGGCAGGACGCUGUUGGUUCCUAGGGGAUUGGGCGGGGAGGGUGGUGGGAGGAGACAGAGACACAAACGUGUGAGACUCCAGCCCCCUCCUCCUGGGGCCACCCAAGGCGGGAGAACCCCCAGUGUCCUGCCACAACCUGCCUUGUAUAAACAUGUACAUUUUUUCAUAACAUUUUGAACAAGGUUUAUAUUGACUCAAGUUUAAAAACAAAAAGCGUGACUGAAAAAUUUU